GGGUUUUACUUUGAUGCAUGAGCAACGAACGGAAACGUUUCAACCAUAAACACGAAGUUAUAGCGCCACCAUUCCUCUAACUACUCCUACUACGUCUUCUUAUAUAUAGGUCGAGUCUGACAGAGAAACAAUUGAGAUGAUGACCACGGCUCCUCUCCAAGCUCUCUCCUCUGCCCUCGUCCUCUUGCUCCUCGCGCAGCACGCGCGCACGGCGAGGGCGAGCGCGCUAGAGGACACGUGCAGGCUCGUCGGCACCGGCGGGACGCAGGACUACGACUUCUGCGUGAAGACGCUGGGGGCGGACCCGGCGAGCGCGACGGCCGACGAGCUCGGCCUGGCCGUCAUCGCGUUGAGGAUGGCCAGGGCGACCGCCAAGGCCACCGGCGACCGCAUCGCCACGCUGCGGGCCGCCGAGACGUCGCCCCGGCGGCGGCUGGCCCUGGACGAGUGCGCCAAGGAUUACACCUGGACCGUGCGCCGGCUGGGGCGCGCCGCCAAGGACUUUGCCACGGGCGGGGACGAGGACAGGCUGACGGAGUCGGAGGCGACCACCUUGCUGGGGACGUUCGUGACACGCCGGCGCGCUGCGACAAGGCGUUCGUCCUCUAGGCCGGCGAGAGGUCGCCGCUGACCAACGCGGGCCGCGAGCUCGAUGACGUGAUGGUGCAGGCGUUUAAUAUCUUGUGGCAUAGCUUAAACAACACGGCAAAAUGAGCAAGUAGCACGAGGCCUGAUAUCUUGGGGCGUGCUGGCGUUUAAUAUCUUGUGCCAUUAUGAAGUUUAGGGCGCUUAUGCACAAACUACACAUUUCGCUCUGAGAGACCGGCUCAACCAAAUAUUCGGCCCAACAUUAAUCAUAAUAAAUAUAAUCAUUUAUACUAUUUUUUAGUACUUAUUACAUAUAUUUUUAUCAAAUAAAAAACAUUGUAAUAUAGUAUGGUAAAUUUACACUUUAUUUUAUAAUAAAAUUCAUUUUUAACACAUUACACCUUAAAACAUAUCUAAG